GUCGAACUGCUAGCCCGCGCAUUGCCCGCCAACGCCCCGCAUGGCUACACCCCUCAAACCAACGCGUGCCCCUCCACUCUACCAAAGAUCAGAGCAGCGUCAUCGCUGUCUUCGCAGGAGACAUCAUGGCUCUCGACCCGCCGAAAGGCCAUUCGUACCCCCAUGAAGAACCUGCUUCAGCGCAUCAACAUCACCGGCCUCGACACGAAUGCGUACAUCGACAAUCUCACCGCCGCCGCACUGCCUACCGUUGGUAUCGCGGUCUCAGGCGGAGGCUACCGUGCCAUGCUGAAUGGUGCUGGAGUACUCCAGGCCUUUGACAGUCGCACCCCGGGCUCCACUGCGACCGGCCAACUCGGAGGCCUGCUGCAAUCCACUACAUAUCUCUCCGCUCUUUCCGGUGGAGGCUGGCUCGUCGGAUCUUUGUAUACCAAUAACUUCACCACCGUCAGCAACAUCCUCAAACAAAACGGCAACGCCCCGGCCGCCUCCGAUCUCUGGCAAUUCGAGAACUCCAUCCUUGAAGGCCCGGAUGCCAGUGGUCUCCUUCAGGUAAUCAGCAGCGCCAAGUACUACGCCGAUUUGGUCUCGGAUGUGGAAGGAAAGAAAGAUGCAGGCUUCAACGUCUCCAUCACCGACUACUGGGGUCGUGCGUUGUCGUAUCAGCUCGUUAACGCCUCGAACGGCGGCCCAAGCUAUACCUUCUCUUCCAUUGCCGACCAAGACUGGUUCUCAAGUGGCACCGCCCCCGUUCCUCUACUCGUGGCUGACAGCCGUGCCCCCGGCGAAAUCAUCCCCGCCGCCGAUGGCACCAUCUACACCUUCAGCCCGUGGGAGCUGGGCAGCGACGACCCCACCGUCUACGCCUUCGCCCCUCUGAAGUACGUCGGCACAAACUUUACCGCUGGCACCCCAGCGACCAAGAACUGUGUUACAGGAUUCGACAAUGUUGGCUUUGUCAUGGGCACAAGUAGUUCCCUCUUCAACGCCGCCUUCUCAGAGGUCAACGGCACCUCCACCACCGGCCUCUUCUCCUCCCUCCUGCAAGACGCCCUAUCCGCACUAGCAGGCGACCUCAGCAAAUCAAACUACGACAUCUCCGUCUGGCGCCCCAACCCCUUCUACCACUACAACCCCAAAACCAACACCAACGCCAACAACGAGCAACUCACCCUAGUCGACGGCGGCGAAGACAACCAAAACAUCCCCUUCCACCCCCUCAUCCAACCCAACCGCAACCUCGACGUCAUCUUCGCCGUCGACUCCUCAGCAGACACAAACGCCACCUUCCCCACCACCGGCUCCGCGCAAAACUGGCCCGGCGGUCUCGCGCUCGAAGCAACCUACCAACGCAGUUUCCUGCCCAUCGCGAACGGCACAGGCUUCCCCAAAAUCCCCUCGACAAACACAAUCUUCAACCUAGGCCUCAACAACCGCCCCACGUUUUUCGGGUGCAAUAGCACCACCUCCCCGCUGAUCGUCUACCUCCCUAACGCCCCCUACACCACUACUUCCAACGUGUCGACUUUCGACCUGUCAUACCCUGACGCUCAGCGCGACGCCCUUGUAGCUAAUGGGUACGCGCUCGCGACGCAGCUCAACGGAACUCUGAAUGCCGAGUGGCCCGCUUGCGUAGGCUGUGCGGUUUUGAAACGCAGUCUGGAGCGCGAGGGCCGCGCGACGCCUGCGGUUUGCGAGAGGUGUUUUGAGCGGUAUUGUUGGGAUGGAACGGUGGAUGAUUCGGCGCCGAAGAACUACGUCCCGGCUUUGAAGGGCAAGUAG